AUGGAUAUCAAAACCUUGCUCCAUAAUCUCCGUGAAGAAGUUUCUUGUUCAGUUUGUUCCAACAUAUUCACCGAUCCAAAACAGCUAUCAUGUUUGCACAGUUUCUGCCUAAAUUGCUUGAAACAGUGGCAAAGAACAAGCCAUGGCCAAGACACAAUCAGAUGCCCAAACUGUCAAGCACUCAGCAGAGUCCCUGAAACUGGUGAUCUGAAAGAUCUUCCAACCAGUUUCUACCUCAACGGUAUGAUCGAUAUGUUGGCCAUCAAGGAAUGCAAAACCAACCAAGUUCGAUGCGGAAACUGCGACGAGAGAAGAUUCGAGACCUCU